CUCUGUUUCCUUCCAAAAACCGUUUCUACAAUCUACACGAUUCUUUCCCAAAAUAUUUUCAACACACCACGUCGUUCUUCUCUGGUUCUGCAAAGGUAUCAUCUCCCAAAUUAUUUUCAGCUUGCCUUGGCGUUCUUCUCUAGUUCUCCGAAGGUAUUCUUUGGUCUGCUGCUCCAUACGUUUUGAGUUUUCUUCUCCAGCCUAACGAUUCCAUGGAGUGCGGUUCAAGUGACAUUAACUUCAGUGCAUCUGAAGCCAUUUCUCAAUCGUUUUAUGUUAAUACAAUAUAAGUUUCUCCGGGAUCCACUAUGUACUGCACACCGGAUUGUGACCCUUCUUUUAAAGCGCGUGUUGCAGUUUGUAGAUGCCAUUAAGGUGCAGAAAGAAUUAUUGUCUACCUCUCAAGGAAAUAGUGCAUCAGGAUCUACAAAAAAUGAUAUUAUCAAAGCCUUUUAUGGGUCAUGUAUUCCUACUGAAGUUAGCGUGCAUUCACCGCAGCAGGCUCAAAAUAAGGGUUGCGGUAAGAGGAUUAAAGGAGGCAAGGAGAAGGCAAUUGAAGUGAGCCAGAAGACCAAAAGACUAUGUAGAAAAUCUAAUAAAAAAGGGUAUCAUGAUAGUCGAAAUUGUGCUUUGAACUCGGAGGAAUGAUUAUUCUUUUGUAUUCAUUUUCACAACUUGGCCUUUGAGUUUGGAGCAAUGUUGCUUCAUUUCUAUUUUUUUUACGAAUUAUAAUUUGAACUUGUACAAAUGAAUAUUCUUUUCAAUUUUUUGUUGUGUGCUUUGGUUUUUCAUUAUGUAAUAUCAUAAAU